UCUUGGGUUAGGCUACUUUCCCUAUUUUUGGGGGUUGGAUGGAAUUUAAUUUUAGAAAUCCCUGGAUAUAGAUCAGUCGUUAGUCGUAGUGAACGCAGUUCAACAAACCAUGGAAUAUCUGUGAAAAAACAAAUAAAAUAAAUGUGAUGAACAAACUGUCAUUUGCUAUAACCAUAUGUCGGACUCGGAGCAGUGUUUGUUGAUGAGUGAAAGUCGGUGUUACUUUUUUUUUAGUUUGAAUUUAGAAAAUGGCGUUAAAUAAACAACAAUGGGCAGUAUUUAUUUGUUUAUAUUUGAGUUAUUUUAUCCUGGUAUAUACAAGAAAAUCAUUUUCAUAUGCGAGUCCUGUCAUAAUGAACGAAGAAAAUCUUGAAAAAAAUCAGCUAGGUUUGAUACUUAGUAGUCAAAUGAUAGGAUAUAGUAUUAGUCAAUUUUUUGGAGGAGUCUUAGUUGAUUCAUUGAAUCCUACAAUGAUGUUGUCUGGUAGUUUGUUUCUUACUGGUAUGACAGCUUUCAUAUUUACAAUGUUUGAUUCUGUAUCAAUGUUCAGUUUUCUUUGGUUUUUGAAUGGACUCUCACAGGGACCUGGCUGGCCUUCAUGUGCUCUGAUUCUCAAACGGUGGUUUCCUGCCGAUCAGUUUGGAACGUGGUGGAGUACGUUGUCGUCUUCUAUUAAUCUUGCAGGAACUGUAGGACCAAUCACCACCACAGCCCUAAUGGCCUUACUGGGAUGGAGAAAAAUAUUUUCAUUAACAGGUUGUAUAUCAAUGGGUAUAUCUGUGUAUAUUAUAAUUAAUUUAUCAGAUAAACCUAAAUCAAAAUCUACCGAAAAUACAGAUGAACAGAUAGAAAAAGAUAAAACUAAUGUCACAAAAGACAAUAAGAUGUAUAAGUUAUUUGAAUUAAUGAAACAACCAGUAUUUGUUGGUGUUUGUUUAAGUUAUUUGUUAAUUAAUGUAAUUAGAGGAGCUUGUACUUAUUGGGGACAGUUAUAUUUAAUACAAGACAAAGAACAAUCUGUGUUUUUAGGAAGUGUAUUUACAAGUAGUCAAGAAGCAGGUGGAUUAAUAGGAGCUAUAUCAGCUGGUUAUGUUUCAGAUUAUCUUUUAUCUAAGGGUAAAAGAAAAUAUAAUCCACGAUUACGAGUAGCGUUGUGGUGUUUAUGUUUACCAGUUAUUAGUGUAUAUCUGUUAUUAUAUUUAAUUACAACUUUAUCUCAUGGGAUAGUUAUAAGUGUUGUUGGUAGUGGUAUAGGAUUUGGAGUUUCUGGUGCUAUAGCUUUAUUUGGUGUAACAGCCAUGGAGAGUGCUCCUGAAGGUUUAGAGGGAACAGCUCACAGUAUUGCUGCCUUUUCAGCUAAUAUUGGCAUGGUGUUAUCUGGUUAUCCAUUAAGUUUAAUAGCCAAAGCAUAUGGUUGGCAUGCUGCUUUUAAGCUGGUACUAUUUAUAACUGUAUUUCCUGUGUUCAUGGUUUAUUUUUGUCAACGUUCUGUUGUAAAAGAAAAGAAAUCAACCUAAACUUGUAUUAAUACAUGUACAGUACCUCUUAUAUACUUUCCAAAAAAAAUGGUUGAAUUUUAAUUCGAUCCCAUAAUUAUGAUUGUUAUUUUGUGUAAAACAAGAUUAUUAUUUAUCAUGGUUUAUUAUAAAUUAAUGGGACCGAUAUUUGUUUAGUAUAAAUGCUACCUGUUAUAUUUGUCAUCACUAAGUGUGUUUCCAUUGACAUUAUUAGUUUUAUGCAUUGGGGUGCAGUUAAGGUAUUGUCUACUGUUUUAAUUUCGUAAGAGUCAAAAUUUUGGCAAAUGAAAUUCUUCUUUAUUAAAUUUGCCACAAGAGAAUAAUGGUGUUAUGUUUCUCUCAGUUUAGGAAUAUUUUCUAAAUUAUUUGUCUCUAAUUUAACAAACACCUUAAUCAAAAGCUGAAAUUUCUUGUAUCUAGUUAAUAGAUACAUUAUGGUCAUGUACAUCUUUUAAUGGUCAAGGUAUUGCAACAUGUCGGAUACCAUGAUGAGCAAACUUUAAAAAUAAAAAAAAUAUGGUUUAAUACAAGACCAUUGCAAGAAACUAAAUCAAAAGCCCUUGCUAGUCAGAUGCAUUGAUUCUUAAUGCUAUAAUACUAACACAGUCGAUGUAUCAAGAGUAUGGUUGUUUAACUAGUGAUCAAAUACUUGAAAAUUUAUCCAUUUUAAUCCACGUUUAUUUCCAUUCAGUCUAUUUGUCAUAAUAUUGUUGAUCUGGCUUUGGAAGUGGCAUGUUGAAAAUAUACAGAUGACAUCAAAAGGCUUGAUAUAACCAUUGUUGGGGUGCCCCAUGUAACCAAAAUUUUUUUCCUACUGAAAGUUAACUCAACACAGCGAAUGUGCAUGCUUCAGUGGCUUAUCUCGAACUGAUUUCUGGCUAGUCACACGGUGCGUUAACACUCAACACAAGAGUCUUUGAAUCUAUAAAUAGCCAUCGCACAUGAAAUUCUCUACACAUCAAUCAACUAUUACAGCCUUAAAAAAUCUGUUGUUGACGAUUCUGACUUGCAGUAAUAUUUACCUCUUUGGCUAUUACAGCAGCUUUAGAAAUUAUGUUUGUGUUAUUUUUUAAAUUGCUUUAUCAUUAACUAUACCGUUAGGAACGGUAUCUUUUGGCUUAGUACAAAUAAUAUCUCUGAAACACUCGGGUUAGGCAAGAACAUGAUUCUAGCAGUAGUUUCAUUUUACUUUUACGUAUGUUUCGUAAAAAGUCUUGAUUGUCCCAUUCUGUCAAUCUGACGGAGAAUGGUCGGUAGACUGGUUAAGCGAGACUAAUUUCAAUACAAGGGCCAUAACCCAUUUUUUACACAAAAGUGCUUGGAUGUUAUGGCCGACACUCGUAACCAUUUUUUAGUCUAUUAUUUGUGGUUGGUUAAAUGGUCAUAGCUUAUUAAGUACACGACCGUUUAUUUAGUGACUAUAAAUGUGCAAAACAGAUUUAAGGCUUGAUAUAUAUAUAUAAAUAUUGUGUUGUAAUUGUCGAGAUAUAUAGAGAUAUUUAUUUAUGGUGGGCACCCUACCAUUGUAUUCACUGCAUGGACAAAUGAUUUUCAUCCCGUGAUGCGACAUCAUACUGUCAUGGAGUUUACAGAACAAAUAUCAUUUGUAGCCUACUGUAAAUAUAAGCUUGUAUAUUUUUAGAACAUUUAUUUUUAAAUGAAUCUCAGUUUAUGCAGAACAUAUUUUUAUGGUUGUUGUUACAAUUUGUUUUAAAGAGAAUAUUACAUGUAUUGUUUUUUGUUACAGUGGGCCAUAAUAAAGAAAAGUAUAAUU